AUGAAUCCAGCUGAUGAGGAUGCCAUGGAGUUUAUACGCCUUGAUUCUAAAGAUUUUGAGGGCUUGACGGCCAAAAAGUUUGCUCGUAUGGUUAACGACCGUUUGCUCGUCCGUUCCAAUGUAGAUUUGCACACAUUCCAACUACAUUGGGAUGAGUUUCCUGGCAUACACGUCAGAGGCAUGCGGAGAUGGAUGAAGUAUGCAGUGAACCACAAUGUUAAAGUGCUUGAUGUGAUACUUGAUGAUUAUGAUAAGACUCAUUUACCUCCUUGCAUCUUCACCUGCCACUCACUUCAGGAGCUGAAUUUACAGUGGGGAGCUCCUGGCAAUGAUCUCGAACAUAUUGGACGUGUAAUACCAGAUGAAAUCUACCUCCCGUCUCUCAAAAAGUUGACUCUGCGUGAUGUGGAAUUUGAGCAGUCAUCUUUGAACAAGUUCAUUGCUCACAGCCCUUACCUUGAAGACAUACAUUUGAUAGAUUCAUUAUGCUAUCUUAACCUCAUAGACUCCAAGGUGUUAAAAAGGCUGACCAUUGAUGGCUCCAUUGAUAUCCCACCAUGUUUUACAAUAUCUGCCCCACAUCUGAUUAGCUUUGAGUGCAUGGGUUAUGAACUUAAAAAUAUUUCUUGGAGAGACCAGCCCACUCUAGAGAGUGCACAGAUAGAUGCUCGUGGGACUACGUUUGAUGGUGGAUGUAAGUUUACAGAAAUUCUUGUGCAUGCCAAGAAGCUUGCCUUAUUUGGUUUAGACAUAAAGGUUAUGUUGGAAAAGGAGCUGCCAACAUGUUCAGUGUUUCAGAGCCUUGUAACUCUGGAGAUUGGCAAAUGGUAUUUGACUGAGGACUUGUUCGUUGUGCUCCGCUUCCUCCAGCUUUCACCAAGACUAGAAAAGCUCAAGUUGAUUCAUAAAUCGGCUGGAGAAGGAGCAGAAACAAAGAAUCGGCCAGUUGAUGGAAUGACCUUUCAAUGUCCACUCCUUGAAAGUGUCACGAUACAAUGCUCCGAGGGCGAUGAAGGGAUCGACAAGCUAGGGAAUGUUCUGGUGGCAAACGGGGUCAGCCUGGACAAAAUCAGUGUUACCAUUCUAGUGACUAACAAGUACAGGAAGGAUGAGAUACACGUUACUCUCUAUGAAUAUAUCAAGAAGAGGGCCCUACAGGAGAAGAUAAGUGCUACUGAAGGACAGGUGAAGAAGGCAAGACGCUGAGCAUAGUCGAGAAGAUGGCAAAUGAAAGUCUGGAGUGGGAUAAUGAUUCUGAGAGUGAUGUAUAUGACAGUCCUGACGACUUUUAAGGAGGAUUGCAUUCACAGAUCACAACCAUCAACUAUGAUGAUUGUGAGAGCUCUGAAGGGUGCAUUACU